AUGCGUUUCACCCAGACUAUUUUCGCGCUCGCCGCCUUCACCUCCGCUGUUCUUGCGACCGACCCUACUCCCGGCUUCGAUGCCAUUAGUUCGCCGAGUACCAAAGAUCAAAACCUAGUUGCUGGGUCCGAUUUCACCAUUACCUGGACCGCAUCUAGCUAUACCUCCGACAGCGAUACUGUAUCAAUCGUUAUCUUGGCUGGCAAUGACCCCGCGACCCUUCAACCGGGAGACACCAUCACUUCCAUCAAGAACAGCGUCGGCAGCUACACUUGGAAGGUUCCUUCUUCUACCGCUGUGACCUACGGCUUCAAGAUCCAGUUGAACUCGGACCCAACUAUCUUCCAAUACUCUCAGCCAUUCCAUAUCACUGGAGGCUCUGCCUCUUCCUCUUCCUCGUCUUCUGUAUCCUCAGUCUCAUCCGCGAGCGCCAUUGCCAGCGCCAUUCCCAGCGCCAUUCCCAGCACCGUUUCCAGCGCCGUUUCCAGCGCCAUUCCCAGCCCCUGCUCUAGCACAAUAGUUUCUAUCGUCACCGUCACAGCAUCUGCCGGCCUCACAACCCCCGAGGUAAAGCUCGCAUCCGCGACAAUCUCCAACUCCAGCGCAACCGCCGCAUCCAAUACAACUCUCGUGGCCCCAACAACGUCCGCCAUCGCCAAUACUAGUACCACGCUGCUCAAGUCGACUAUCGGCGCGACCAAGACCGGAGCCAGCUCUAGCUCCUCGGCCACCGCGCCUAUCGUGGUCGCCAACGCGGCUGCGAGCAACUUGGCCCAGGGUGGUAUUGCGUUGAUUGGAGGACUUGUGCUUGCUUUCGCAUUGUAG